GACGUAGUUGGCGUCGUGUCCCCGCCCUCCAGGCGACAGCGCACGUACAUUCCUAUUGUCCAAGAUGGCGGCGUCGGUACGGAUCCUGUGAAGCCGACAUGUUUUUAAACGAGUUUGUCCUGUUUUCUUCGAUAAAUGAGCGAAUUCUCUGCGUCCACAGCGGCAGCGUUUCUUCACCGAAGCCGUCGUGUGUCGCGUUAUUCUCGCAAACACCGCUGAAAAUCGCUCCCCGGGACGGAUUCCCGCCGCUACUGCAGGUACCGAAAACUUUGAGCUCCAUCAUCCAGUGGAAAUGAAGCGGCAGGCCGGGAGGGAGACGAGCCCGUCCAGGGCCGCCUCAAAGCGGAUGCGGGAGCGGGAACGAGAGAGUGUGCGGAGAGAGGAGCUGCCGCCGCCGCCGCUGGCUCUGCUGCUGGCGGAGAGCCGCGGCUACCACCGCCGCAGCCGCAGCCGAGAGCGAGAGAAGCCGCGGCUCAGGGAGGAGCGAGCGGCCGCCGCCUUGGAGCUCCACCACCGUCACGAGCUCAGCCUGCUCGGCCGUCCUCCGCUGCGGAGCACGGCGGCGACUGCCGCGGCCACGGCAGCAGCGGCGGUGGCGGAGCUGCCUGCAGCCAGGCCCGGAACUCUGGAGUACAAGACGCUGCUCAUCAGUAACCUGGGCUCGCAGGUGUCGGACGAGGACGUGGAGGACGCGCUGUUCCACGACUUCAAAAAGUUCGGGGACGUGAGCGUGAAACUGUCGCACACACCGGAGCUGGGCCGGAUCGCUUACGUGAAUUUUCGGCACCCAGAGGACGCGAAGGAGGCGCGGCACGCCAAGUCCUCCAGGUUGGUCCUGGGCGAGCGGCAGUUAAAAAUCGAACCCAUGUACGUGAGGAGGCGGAGCGUGACCCCACCUGACGUGGGUUAUUUACCUCUGCACGCCCCAUACCCGUACAGACAGCGCUCCCUGUCCCCGCCCGCGCCUGGCGUGAGCAACAUCAGAGAGCUCAGGGCGAGACAUUACGCCCUGGAGACUCUGGGCCUGAGCAGGGAGAGGGAGAGGGAGAGGCUGCUGGAUUAUUAUGGGAUGCUGGACGAAAGGGGGCGGCCCUACGGUUUCCCUCCGAUGCCGGUGGUUGAGGAUUUAAAACCCGAGGACGAUCAGAGGGCGACCAGUAACCUCUUCAUUGGAAAUCUGGACGGUAACGUGACGGAGGCAGAACUGAGGAGGGGUUUUGACAAGUACGGCAUCAUCGAGGACGUCGUGAUUAAACGUCCCGCCCGUGGCCAGGGAGGAGCGUAUGCUUUUGUGAAGUUCCAGAACUUGGACAUGGCCCACCGGGCCAAAGUGGCCAUGCAGGGGCGCCUCAUAGGUGGCAACCCGAUAAAAAUUGGAUACGGCAAAGCAAACCCCACCACUCGGCUCUGGGUGGGCGGGAUCGGGCCUGGAAAUUCCCUGGCUGCUCUCGUUCGGGAGUUUGACCGGUUUGGAAGUAUAAGGAAUAUCGACUACGUUAAAGGAGAUAGUUUUGCUUACGUUCAGUACGAAAGUCUGGACGCUGCACAAGCCGCCUGCUCCCAGAUGAGGGGUUUUCCUUUAGGCGGCGCCGACCGUCGUCUGAGGGUGGACUUCGCUAAGGUAGAGGAAAGCCCCUCCCGUCCGUUCCCCUCAGCCUACCAGCCGCCUGCUGCGCUGCCCUCCAGCUACGACAUCCUCGGGGACACCUACAGCCGCCACCGCAGCCUGGAGCGAGAGCUGAGGGCCACCAGGGACAGGGACCGCCCCUCCCCACCGCCGCCACACAGCCUCCUCUCACAGAGGGAGCGAGACAGAGCUGUGCUGGAGAGAGACUUUCCCACCAGCCCGAGUCGCAGCGUGGAAAGGAGAGCAGGGGGAGGGGUGGAGGCGUUUGGGAGGAGCACGAGAACGGCUAGGAGCCGCAGCAGGAGCAGGGAGCGCUGGCUGAAGGAGAGGGAGGAGAGGAGGAACAGAAGGCGGAGCCGGAGCCCAUCCGCUGACAAACAGGUGGAAGAGAGGGAAAAAGAGCGAGAGAGGGAGAAGGAGAGGGGCAGGUCCAGGGUUCGAGGUCAAGGUGGCACCGUUUCUCCUGAAGUGAGCCCGGACCGAGCACGGGUCAGAGCACCUGACUCCACCACAGAGCCACGAGACCACUCCCCAGACAGCGCCGUACGACACGCUGCCAACGCCACAGAGGAAGAUCCGCCGUCGGGCCGGCACCACAGCAAGCGGUCCUCCAACGCGCAUCUCACAAACCAUCACCAUAGAAACAGCGAGGUCAUCGCAGCCGGCUCUCCUGCCGUCCGCACGGACACGCACACCUCCUCGCCACCGAGCACGCUGUCGGAGUUCGCCCUGUCCUCGCUCUCCAAAUCGUGGCACGGCUUCUUCGCUCUGAAGAACAGCAGCUUCCCCACAGACCUGUACCUGCUGGAGGGCGGAGCCUCGUUUUUCAGCGCCGUGAUGAAGGACACGCUCAGACUGCAGAGCCAGAACCAGCCCAGCCAGCUGAAGAUCGCUCAGAGGCUCCGCAUGGACCAGACUCGGCUCGACGAGGUCUCACGGCGCAUCAAACUGGGCCGGCCCGAUGGGUUCGCCAUCCUGCUGGCUCUCCAGGGCCCCGUGGACCGACAGGCCCCGGCCCCUGAGCCCGGACUGCAGGUGCGCCUGCUGCGCCACCUGGUGACUUACCUGCGCAACAAGGAAGCGGCGGGAGUCGUGAGUCUACCUGCUGCCAAAGAGGGCGGGCCUGGAGCCAUGCUGUACGCAUUCCCCCCCGGAGACUUCUCGCAGCAGUACCUGCAGGCUGCCAAGAGGACUGUGGGUAAUCUUGACGAGGAACACAUGGUGAUUGUUAUCGUCUCUGACACUAACUGAGGACUUCAUUCAGUCCAUGUACACACUCACACACAGGAACUUCCAUGUUUUUAAACUGUUUUAUUCAGUGUAUUUUAAAGUGACACUAAGUCUUUCUUCAUCUCCUUCCCUCAGACUACGCUUAAAGCGGUAGUUCAGGUUUUUUUGAAGUGUGGUUGUAUGAGCUGACUGUGCUGUGAGCGCCACCUGCUGCUGAGGACGGGUCUCUAAAUGAAAACACAAGUCUACGAUGUCUGCGUCACAUGUUCACGUCUUUAUCUUUCCAACAGGAAACUGACGUUUGUAAACCACUCACUCUCCCACACCAAAGUCCAGGGAGAACAUUACAGGAGCUGCUGGUCCUCUGCUGCCUCGUGUGGUCACUUUGUGUCACUGAGGCUGAACUGAUCAAAUAAGACGUUUGAACAUAGUGAUGGAGGCAGCAGUGGAUCAACAACUUCUGUGUGUGUGAUGUUAAAAUCACUGAUUUUCUCUCUGGGCUUUGGUGUGGGAGAGUGAGUGGUUUACAAACGUCUGUCUCACAGUGAGAUCAAGACGUGAUCGUGUUCUUUCACAAGGGUUUUUACAUGUUUUCACUGAGGCUGACCUGCUGGGGGCGCUCACAGCUUGCUCAGCACUGAUAAUAAUCUUCAUACAUCCCCUCUUCAAACAGUCUGUGCUGAAACACUAACCCUAAGUCUGCACUGAGUCUUCUCCUCGUCUGUCUUCAGGUAUCUUUUUACGUUUUUCUUUAUUAUUGUUUUGUUAUAACGGCACCAGCUUCACGGCCAGUAGAUGCGGAGGUGAAUUCCUGACCCUUGACCCCGACCCUGUGACUCUUUAGUAGGUUUAGUUUAGGAGGUUUUUUAAGCUGUUCAACAUUCCAGUGUGUGUGUGCGCGCUCAGUCCUGCUAAGGCUGCAACUUACCAUUAUCUUCAUCAUCGGUUUAUCUGUGGAUUACUUUCUUAGUCGUUUGCUUCAUAACAUGUCAGGAAAUAUUGAUCAGUGUUUGUCAAACUCAAAAUGAUUCAAUUUGAAUGAUUUCUUUGUUUUUGUGAAGCAAAGAAACCAGUAAUUAUUCACAUUCAAGAAGCUGAAAAAACCCUUUUAAUUAUUUUUUAAUAUCUUUUUAAAGAAAGGAAGACUUCAUGGAUUAAUAAAUCAGUCGACAGUGAAUUAUCGAGUGAAACACUCACUUCUUCCACACCACAAUCUUUUCUCUUUUUAAUUACAAACACGUCACCGUUUGCUCUUCAAUGGUCCCGCCCACUUUCACUCAAAGACAAAUGUAACUGGGAGUAAGUCGCCGCAUUCCAGUCAAUAACGGCGCUAAACGACCUGAGGGUCACGUGAUCUUAAAGGGCACCUUUGUUUUUUUUAUAGCUUAAAUUGAUAUUACAAUAUUCCAUCGUGAUAUAGCACAGUAAAGGUUAUUUUCAACAAUAAACGGCGUAUAAUUCACAAUCCUUCAUCAAGUCAAAUUAAUCUAUAAUAUCAAGUAUUGAUUGUCAAAUCGCCAAGACCGUCGCCAAAAUUUUCCUCAACUUCCUGUUGAGUUGACGCCGCGGUUCGCCUUGGCCUGCUCCAUCCACGUUUCACCUUCGGGGCGCGCCACAGAGCCCUUGUGCAACAUACAGUUCCGAACCCUAUGACAAUAUUGCAUUAUGGCCACACCUGACCUCCGUAUCAGUUUUCCAGAGUUUUUAUGCCCGUUAACCUCCUCAAAAACACGUAAUAAUAAGAAGAAUCUGAAGGAAAAAUGAUCGCUACAGUGUUGCGUCAUUUCUACGCUUCAGAAUUUGAACGAUAUCAAGUGUGCAACUGAUUUUAUGACGGACGUGAAAGUGUCGCCGAGGUCGCUGUAAACUCACUUAUUGGAAAAGUCAGAAAAUUAUUCCAGAUAACAUUCCAGUUAUCGUGUUAAACGUCCUCCUGAUGAACAUGUAAUCUGAGAAGCCGGUCGCCUGUCGUCAUCUGUUCAGUGUGGACGCAGUUUUGGAAAUGUUGCGGUGUGGAUGAAGUGAUUUUAGAGGAAUUCACACAAAAGUACUUGAGAACCAUUUUUGUCCUUAAGCUCUGACGUUGGCGUAGAAUUCACGUCACUAAACUCAACCGCACGCCAUUUUCUCACCUCAGCUUCACUGAACUAUUAUUGUUGAGUAUUUUAGUAAAAAAGUAAUCAUAUUAACGUUGAAAGAGCUCGUCUUAUUUCAAAGCCGUUUUCUCAGUGGUUUGUGAUAUUGUCGCAAAAAAGGUGCAAAGAAAGUGGAACAAAUUCACGUCAGGAGCUGAAAUCACUUAAAAUGACGAUGUAGAUGAUGUUUGUGUGAACGUGGUGAGAGAAUAUUUUAAUGGAUUCAUCUGAUUUUAUUUCAGUAUAAAGUGAUUUCAUCCAAACCUUUUUUUUUACUUUGAUGACAAAACUGGAAAAAUCUAAAUUUUUCAGUUGAUUAAUUCUCUCUGUCCACGUGUUCUACUGUGUUAAAAGGGACACAUGAGUGUGAUUAAGCCAACGACAUCUACGUCACAUGAUCACAUCUUUAUCUCACUGUGAGACAGAUGUUUGUAAACUGCUCACUCUCUCACACUAAAGUCCACAGAGAAAAUCAGUGAUUUUAACAACACACACACACACACACACACAGGAGCUGUUGAUCCACUGCUGCCGCCAUCACUGAGUCCAAAUUUUUGAAUUUUGUCACUUCAGUGUUUGAAAUCCGUUGUUCAGAUUGACUUCAAUGACACAAAGUGACCACAUGAGGCAGCAGAGGACCAGCAGCUCCUGUGUCCCCGCAGCUAAAAUCACUGAUUUUCUCUGUGGACUUUGGUGUGGGAGAGUGAGUGGUUUACAAACGUCUGUUUGACAGUGAGAUAAAGACGUGAUCGUGUUCUUAAAAGUAUUGUACACUUUAACUGACAUAGAUUUUAUUACACAAGUCUUUAGUUUGGUGGUUUUCAGACAGAAUGUUUGGCCUCUGUCUCACCAGCAGGGGGCGCUCAUGCUAAACUGAGUCUGACCUUCAGUCAUCACCUCAUACAACUACACUUAAAAAAACAGAUGAACUGUCCCUUUAAUGCCUCAGCGAUUCUAACACUAUACUUUUUUAUUUUGUUGUUCUUUUUGCACACGUCAUGUUUACAUCACGACAGCUGGACGCUUCACUCACUCGCAACAAAUGCCGGAAAAAGCACGUUAAAGAGAGAAGUCGUCGCAGAUGUCCACACACACACACACAGCUGUUUUCACGUCAGUCGCCCUGGACUAUUGACGUUAAAUGACGUCACAGAGCGGCGGCAGGACGACGAGUCGAUCCAUCGGUUUCUGUAAAGACAGAUUUUCUCUGGUUUUUGUUUUGGUGUCGACAGAGAAGCAUGUUUUCUUCAUGAAAGAUCAAACUAAAUAAACAUUUUAUGCUCUUUUUUGGUAAGAAAUUCA